AUGAACUCGCUCAAUCUGCUGUCGGCUCGAGUCAUUGGCCAGCAUACACCACCGCGCCCUCGAUCACGAUCGCAAGGGGAAAUCCUGAAGAGGGAGGACCGCGAUGAGUUCGCAAGAGGCCGAUCCUACAGCGACGAGAAAGUUCCGCUGCUGAGCAAGGACGACUUAUCUCUUCCCGCAUUCGGUUCUUCCAGCUUUGGCCACGAGACCCCAAUCAAAGACGACAACGACGAGAAGCAGCCAUUAGCAGACAUCGCGCAUAAGCUUGACCCGGUCGCAUCGGCAUCGUCAUGGCGUGGCUUUGUCAGGAGGCUUAAUGAUGCCCUCACUGCCCUACUUUCAGCACUGGGGGCUCCUGUGGUGUGGCUUGCGAACUGCUUCAAGGACGAGAACGGCAGGUACACGAUACUGCCAAAAAGAAAGAGGCGACGUGAACAGCGCUAUUUGGAGAACCCCACGAGCAAGGCAGUCAAGGACGCAAAGCUACGACAUUCCUACUCGAACGAGUCUUUGACCUCAACAGCCACAGAAUCGGAUUCGGACGCCGGAUCGAAGCGAACGCCCCAGGCCAAGGGUUCCGAGCCCCGAAGGUCCUCUAUACGCAUAAAGGAGCAGAACGACCCUGUCCUGAAGAAGCGAAAGCAGAAAAGGAGCAGUCCCUUGGGCGAUACACCUUUGACAGUCGACAACAUCAAAUCGCCUACAUCGCCAGUACCCUCCUUGAAAGUGACUCGGUAUCCACACGCUCCACAGCCACCACGACCGCUGGUCCCAAGGAGGCAGCCAUCGUACUCAAAUUUAGUUCCGCGAUCACCAAGUCGGGCACCCGCUUCGCAAGAGCAGAAGACGCUUGUGCUGGAUCUGGAUGAGACCUUGAUUCAUUCAUUGGCUAAGGGAGGUCGCAUGUCGUCUGGACACAUGGUUGAAGUCAAACUGAAUGCUCCUGUGGCUGUUUCAACACCACAAGCGACCCAGCCGACCCAAUACAUUGGACCCCAGCAUCCGAUCUUGUACUAUGUUCACAAAAGGCCCCAUUGCGACGAAUUCCUCAAGAAGAUUUGUAAAUGGUACAAGCUCGUCAUUUUUACAGCUUCGGUACAGGAGUAUGCCGACCCUGUCAUUGAUUGGCUGGAGCAGGAGCGCAAAUACUUCGUGGGCCGGUACUACCGACAGCAUUGUACAUUCCGCAACGGUGCCUACAUCAAGGACUUGAGUAGCAUCGAGCCUGAUCUGUCCAAAGUCAUGAUCCUCGACAACAGUCCCGUCAGCUACAUUUUCCACGAAGACAAUGCCAUCCCUAUCGAAGGCUGGAUCAAUGAUCCCACCGAUAAUGACCUGCUACACCUCAUCCCAAUGCUGGAAGCGCUGCAGUAUGUGACGGAUGUGCGAGCACUUCUUGCGCUCCGGAGAGGUGAAGCUGAGGCAGCGGCCGCCUGA